UAACAAGAAGAACGAACGACAUCAUGAUAACAAAAAAAAUGAACGAAAUCAAGAUAACAAGAAACAUGAACGAAAUCAAGUCCAUAACAAAAACGAACAAACCGAUCGAUCAAUUUUUUCUGGUCAUGAUCAUGAUAACAAAAAGAACGAACAAAACCCAAAAUUAAAUCAAGAAAAAGAUAUCAUUACAGAAGUUGAUGAAGCUCCGGAGACAAAGGAACGUAAAGUUCCGAAAGAUUUAUCCGAUAAACUCGGAAAUGCUGGGCUACCACGUGCUACUAUUGCCGCAUCAAAAGAAAUGCCUGAGGGAACCCCGGGCCGUCCAACAAGAAAAUCUGUACUCCAACAACAUGUCGAAUUUUGGGAUACUGAUCAUGAUGGUGUUAUUACCCCAUUAGACACCUGGAAAGGUUUCCGUAAAUUGGGAUUCAGUCUUGCAUUUUCCGCUGUCGCUGUUGGCAUAAUCCAUGGUGGAUUUUCUUAUCCUACCCAAAAAAGUUGGAUUCCAAUUCUUGGUAAUCCACUUUUUAAUGUAUAUGUUGAUACACUCAGUAAAGCUAAACAUGGUUCCGAUUCCGAAACUUUUGAUACCGAGGGUCGAUUCGUUCCCGAAAAAUUUGAAGAAGUCUUUUCGAAAUAUGAUCGGGAUAAUAAAGGUGGACUAAGUUUAAAAGACAUUAAGCAAGUUAUUCGAGGUAAUGCUAAUGUAUUCGAUCCUUUCGGUUGGACUUCUGCCGUAUUUGAAUGGGGAACUUUGUAUUUGUUGUGUGAGAAAGACGGAAUAGUUUAUAAAGAAGAUGUAAGAAGUUGUUAUGACGGAAGUCUCUUCUUUAAGAUGCAAGAAACAGAAGAAAAACGUCAAAAAGGAGUUCCUAUAAUCAAAAGUAGUGCUACUACCACUAGUGCCAAAGAAGAAUAAAUUAAUUUUUUUCAUAUUUUUGUGGACUUUUUCUUUAUUAUUUUUUUUUUUCGCUAAUUGU